AGUGACUAGAUAUUUCUCCCGUCACACUGGAAGAAAACAUCGACACGAUUCGUCACCGAUAAUUAUCGUCUUGGGCAAGAAAUCGAAGUCACACAUACACCAAUCAUCAAAUACAGCACGCGAAGAAGACGAAGUUGCAAAUAAACUGGAAUAAGCUUUCAAUUUCAUCCAGUUUUUCAAUUUGGGGAGCGAGAGAAUGUGGAUAUUUGGCAGAAAAGGACCGUCUGGAUUCUCAGCGUCGUCCACUGCCGAGGAAGUUACUGAAGGAAUCGACGGAACUGGCCUCACCGCCAUUGUUACAGGAGCCUCGAGCGGUAUUGGUGCAGAAACCACCCGCAUCCUUGCCAUGCGUGGUGUACACGUAGUCAUGGCAGUUCGCAAUGUGGCAAGUGGUAAAGAAGUGCAACAGAAUAUAGCUAAAAAGAUUCCUAAUGCUAAAGUUGAUGUUAUGGAAUUGGAUCUUACCUCCAUUGCAUCUGUUAGGAAGUUUGCUUCAGAAUAUGAAUCGUCUGGUCUACCCUUGAACCUCCUCAUUAAUAAUGCAGGGAUUAUGGCUCCGCCUUUCCUUCUCUCUCAGGACAAGAUCGAAUUGCAAUUUGCAACUAAUCAUGUUGGACACUUCCUUUUGACAAAUCUUUUACUGGAAAAGAUGAAGCAUACAGCCCUUGAAAGCCAGAAAGAAGGAAGGAUUGUCAUUGUUUCAUCCGAGGCACAUCGAUAUACAUACAAGGAAGGAAUUCGGUUUGAUAAAAUUAAUGACAAGGAAAGUUACAGUCCUCUAUAUGCUUAUGGACAAUCAAAGCUUGCAAAUGUAUUGCACGCUAAUGAACUUGCGAGGCGCCUGAAGGAAGAAGGGGUCUCAAUAACGGCAAAUUCACUUCAUCCCGGAGCAAUUGCCACCAACCUUUUGCGUUAUCACAGUUUUAUGGAUGGUGUUGUCAAGUGGAUCGGUAAAUACACGCUAAAAAAUGUACCACAGGGAGCGGCGACCACAUGCUACGUAGCCUUACAUCCACAGGUGAAGGGGCUGAGCGGCGAGUACUUCUCGGACAGCAAUAUCGCGAAACCGAGUUUGAAUGCCAAGGAUUCUGGUCUGGCCAAGAAACUCUGGGAGUUUAGUUUGAGCUUGGUAAGCUCCUAAUGAUCAUCAUAAUAGCUGCUUCAAAAGAUGGCAAGAUAAAAGAUGACACUUUUG